GUUGUGGAAGUGUUGUUGCUCUUCAGAAUGCAGAUAAAAUAAAGAAAGAAAUGCACCAGUCAUACAAAGCUCUAGGAAAAUACAGCCAAAUAGCAUCAACAUCCAGACCAUGUCCAGAUCAACAAGUGGCAUGUUUUCCAAGUGAAGAUCAGUCAGUGUUACAGAUGAGAUGUCACACCUCUUUACCUUUCUUCAUGAAGAAAGAGAACGUAGAGCAUGGCUUUGAUUUCAGCUUCCUGCUCCAGGCCUCACACCCCAAAUCUAACCUUACAGAAUCAUUGAUGGAUUUAGAUGCUUUUCAGAUAAUGGAAGGACAAAUACAAAGAAGCUUAAAUAUAACAGUGCUAAAAACCAGGAACAGGAGACCUGAGUUUCAUUUGCCAACAGUGACAUUGCAGCCUGUAAGAACAAUUCUUCUUGCUCCUCUAGAGGAUAAUAUUGUCAACAAAAACAGCAACCUCAGAAAUAUUUUUAAUAUUAUGAACUCUGUUCCUCCACCUUUAAAAACAGUUACUGAAUUUUAUCAAUUAGACAGUCUGUUAAAAAGGCACACUGAAAUGUCAUCAAACCUGAUUCUGGCUACUAUUUCUGAUAAGUUCACUCCAGUGACAGACCUGUACUACUUCUGCAUGAGUAACUAUUAUAAGGACCCUAGGAACAAAAAAGAAGGAAUUCAAAGCAAUCUAAAAUGGAGAGAAGCUGAUGCAGUUACCGAUACUGACAGGAAUGACCAGAUGAAGUACCAGUUUUCAGUGGCUUGUAAGAAUGCAGAUCUCAUGACCCAAGCCAGUUACUAUGAUAAUAGCCAUCCCUGCUUGAGCUCAAAUAAUCCUCUGAUAAACUGUGGAAUAUUUACAGCUCAGACAUUUACAAUGUCAAGCAACAGAGAUGCCUUGAGAGAUGGCAAGAAGGAAAGAAGAGCAGAGAGUUGUAGAACUGGUCUAGAAGAAGGAAAACCUAUAGAGAUGAUGUUGGACUACAGACCACAUGAAGAUGCUGAGAGUGUGAACUUUGAGCUUGACAGCGAUGAUCUAAAUUCUUCCUGUAAAACUGAAGUGACAGAGGCCUUAGGAGAUAAUUCUGUAGCUGCAGUAAUUCCCAGAAAAGAAUUGCAAGAUCCUUCUGGAAAACAGACAGAAAAUAAUAUUUGUCCCUCUGAAUUUGAAAUGGAAAAAGAAGCAAUGUCAGAAGCAACUUCAAAAGACCAAAGUGAGCUCGUACCUGUUAUUCAUGUUACAUUCUCUGAAGAAGAACCAGCAAAGGAACCACACAUUGCUAAACAAUCUGCCACAAAAAUGAGUAUAAUUCAUAGUCUACCUCCUCACAUUACUCAGAGCUUCAACAUUCUUCCUCACAAAGAAAAUGACAAAAGUAAAAUAAGGAUGAAUAGAAAGAAAUAUUCAUCAAACUCUAAAAUGAGUAGCAAGAGAAAUACUCCUGAAGACUUAAUUGUUUCUGAUGAGCUUUCCACAAAAUGUAAUGCCAAGAGUCAGAUUUUUAAAAAAAAAUUAUCUCAAGCAGAGAAAGAACACUUUGCUCAGAGUGCUCAGGAACCUAAAAAGCAAAAUUUCCCCUGCAGUUGCAAAAAUUCAGUUAUCUUAAAGAAACCUGUUACUCCACUUUCUCUACCCCAUGCACAGCCUGCUUCAGAUUUCACAGAUCUGAAAUACAGUGACAUGUUCAAGAAAAUAAAUUCAAAUGACCAAGGCCCAGGGAUUUAUGAAAUGUUUGGAACUCCUGUCUAUUCCCACACACGUGAGCUUGAUGAACGUGAGAAGAGAUUUUAUGGAGAUGUUUGUGCUGCUCCACCUGGGAGAUGCCCUGCUAGCACCUGCAGAUCUACCUGCAGUAAAAGAAGAGAGAGCAGCCGAGGAAGAAAUACUCCAAAGAGAACGUAUUCUAAGCCAAAGAAGAACAUACCUGGCACUAAACAAAAGCAGAAAGGUUUGAUUACAAAGGAUGGAAGUAUCAAGCUGAAUGAUAGCAACACUGAACAAGAUAAGGUAAUAACUUGUGAUUCAGAUUUUCCAAUAAACACUUCAAGGAGCAUGACGUUGUUUCAUGAAGACACAGGUCAUUUUACACAGCUUACAUUUUUAGAAGACCUUUCACAAUUAGCUAAGAAAAAUUAUUUUUUUUCAAAUUCAGACUUAUUAACUAUUACAGAAGUUUCUUUGGAGCAGUCUUUAGACAAUCAGGAUAUAUCCAACCAUCAGAGAUCUGCCACCUGUAGCCAGAAUCUUCUUCAGUUCAGUGAUAAAGACUACAGAGAAUGUGUUGCUCUAAGUAGCAACCUCAUAACAGCAGACCAGAGCAUUUGUGUACCCCAGUGGAGGGUGGAUGCAGAAGGCUGCAAUGGCCUGGAAUUAGACCAGGCCUCCUUCAAGUCUAUAAAUAAAUGUGAAGUGUUGCCAUUCUCAGAUAGACUGGAGUGUCUAUCCCCUACAAGAAAAUUAAAUCACAGUUGGGAUUACACGCCUCAAAACAGUGGUGUGGCAAAUGGAUUUACUCAGCCUUCAGCAAUUCAGGCAAAAAGCGUUACAAACACCAGUUUCCAGACUAGUCAAAACAGUUUGUCCUGUGUAGAUAAUAAGGAUGUGACUGACGAGAUGCUUUGUUGUCUGGCUGAAGAAUUGCUAAUGCUUGAAGAAAGAGACAUCAACUCUUCAAGAACAAAAAACACAAGUUCUAAAAUGCAAAAUACACAUAAUACAGAAGAAGAAAGUAAGAGGAAUGGAGAUGGAGCAAUAGUAAAUAGUGCUCUAGAGAAGAGUAACAGGAAAGCCUUUUUGGCAUCAAAUGAAGUAAGUGACCUGCUAAACCUUGAGGAAUCUACUAAAUUACCAGGAAGCAGUUUAACUAAUAAAGAUCCUGUCAUGUGGACAAGAGGUGAAGUCCUUGGGAAGGGAGCCUAUGGCACGGUGUACUGCGGUCUGACAAGCCACGGCCAGUUAAUAGCUGUAAAGCAGGUUGUUCUGGAUACGUCAGAUCAGCUCACUACAGAGAAGGAGUACCGGAAGUUUCACGAGGAAGUUGACCUUUUGAAGACACUGAAGCACAUCAAUAUCGUAACUUAUUUAGGAACUUGUUUGGAAGACAACAUUUUAAGCAUUUUCAUGGAAUUUGUACCCGGUGGCUCAAUUUCUAGUAUUAUUAAUCGUUUUGGUCCAUUGCCAGAAAUUGUCCUUUGUAAAUACACAAAACAAAUUCUACAGGGGGUUGCAUAUUUGCAUGACAAUUGUGUGGUCCACAGAGAUAUCAAAGGCAAUAACGUUAUGCUCAUGCCAAACGGCGUAGUGAAGCUGAUUGACUUUGGCUGCGCCAGGCGUUUAGCUUGGGUAAGCCUCAGCGGCACGCAGAGCGAGAUGCUCAAGUCUGUGCAUGGCACUCCAUACUGGAUGGCACCAGAAGUGAUUAAUGAGUCUGGCUAUGGCCGAAAAUCAGACAUCUGGAGCAUCGGCUGCACCAUGUUUGAGAUGGCAACAGGGAAACCUCCACUGGCUUCCAUGGACAGGGUAGCGGCCAUGUUCUACAUCGGGGCCCACCGGGGGCUGAUGCCCUCCCUGCCCGAUCGCUUCUCCGGCGCGGCAGCGGACUUCGUGCGCGCUUGCUUCACCAGAGAUCAACAUGAACGCCCUUCUGCUCUGCAGUUGCUGGACCAUCCCUUUGUGAAAGGAAGAGAGUGA